GACCCGUGGGCGCGGCGCGAGGCCUGGCGCAGCCACCCGUCCUUUUCCAAGAUGGCCCAGCUCCGGGGCAUGUUCCCGGGACUCGGAAUCGCCACGGGUCUGUUUGCCGUGUACUGUGUGUACGACCACUUUGCGGCCAAGCCCAGCGACAAGCACCACUAG